CGCAAUGACAUAUUUUUUGCAUUGGAUUAUUUUAACACUGAGUGGUCUCUUUCCCUUAAUCCACUCACAUAACUCUACUUUGUUUCCUGAGCAUUUGCAUGAUAUACCUUGCUCUUCACCGUCCAUUAAAGAUGGUGUUUGUGUGUAUGCGUAUCUUUGCAAAAAUGGAAAAAUCAUUACGGAUGGCUCCGGAUUGUUGGAUCUGCGUAUGUCAGAUGAAUGUGAUGAUUACAUGAUGAAAUGUUGUUCGAAAAGAACGCGCUGCGCAUGGGAUAACGGACUUUGCAUUCCGGAGGAGAAUUGUGGAGUGGAUCUUAACGAUCCCAAAUUUAGCCAAUUUAAGGAUACUAACGAUUGUGAUUGGAGUGGUUACAAAUGUUGCCCACAAAACUAUGUAGACAAGGAAAAGCAACCCACAAAUGUGCCGGUUCAAUUACCAGACGAAUGUGACGGCGGUUUGUGUGUUCCAAAUGAUCAGUGUUUGGCAACUGGAGAUGAAUUGAUACAAACUAAUCGAAGGAAGUGUACCAAUAACCAGCACAUUUGUUGUCCAUCCAGCAGACUACAUUAUGCGAAUUCGGAUUCUUGCACUUUCGUUGGUGGUCGCUGUGUUCCAGAAAAUACAUGUUUGUCUGAGAUUUCGAUCAACAUUCGCGUAUCGCAAUGCGAGUCUCCUGGUUAUGUUUGUUGCAACGUUGACGCUCUAAUUCCAGAUAAAGCACCGGCAGACGGAAAGGCCUGUUUCAACGGAAGAGGAAAGUGUACGGAAAAAGGAAACUGUCAUGGUGCAAAAUACACUGAUCGAAGAAACGAAUGUGAGGGUUUAACUUGCUGCGGAAGUGUUGACGAACCCAAGCCAACAGUCCACCCUAAGCCAACAGUCCAACCUGUACCAAUUGCAACGGAAAGUCCACAAACUGAGUUGCCUGAUAUUGAACGCGCCAUCUGUUCCGAUAAUGGAGGACUGUGCCGGUUAGCAGACGAUUGCGCGGAUUUUGCCAGCGAACAGUUCGAAGAUUGUGGAGAAAAGAAAGUUUGCUGCUAUCAGAGUAAAGCAUCAGAGAGCUCAACGGAUCGUGAAAUAAAUCAGCUUACGCCUUCAAGCUCUAGCUACAGUGCAAGAAAUUGCGGUUACCGCAAUAUGGACGGUGUUCAUUUUGGUAUUACCGGAGCUGAGAAUGGAGAAUCGCAAUAUGGCGAGUUUCCUUGGGUAAUAGCAAUUUUCGCCAAAACGAGAUUUGGUAGCAAAUUUAUCUGUGGAGGAACCAUUAUUGACCCAGAAGUGGUUCUAACGACGGCCGACUGUUUGAAUGCUUAUAAAACGAAAUAUGAUGCACUGAUUGUUCGAGCCGGUGAAUGGGACAUGCAAUCAUUGAAUGAGCCUCAACCGUACAAAGAGCAAACGGUUCGUUUGAUAAAAGUACAUCCAGCAUUUAAGUCAACGUCUUUGGUGAACAACGUUGCUCUUAUUUUUUUGAAUGAUAGAUUUGAUUUUAGUAGCACAAUAGAAUCUAUUUGUUUACCUCCACAAGAUUACGAAAUUGAUAAUGGAUAUGUCACAGCAGCUGGAUGGGGAGUAACACCAACGAAUCGUAAUAACUCUCAACAGAUCCUGAAAAGUCUUGACCUGCCCUAUGUUUCACCUUCUGAGUGUGAGCGCGUUAUGCGAAGACAACUAGGGAAUUCUAAGUUCAAACUUCAUGACAGUUUUCUGUGCGCAGGAGGAGAACCUUUGGUAGACACUUGUCGAGGAGAUGCAGGUUCACCGGUUAUAUUCCCCAUUCCGGAUGACAUAGUCCACGAUAGAGUCUACCUUGUCGGUAUGGUGUCCUGGGGUAUAGGUUGUGGACGUCCGGGAGUUCCAGCAGCUUAUACCGCCGUAGCAAAGUUUAGAAAUUGGAUUGACGAGCAAAUGGAGCAGCAACAAUUGAAGGAUUCUAGUUAUUACUAUGUUAAGGAAGAUAAUGCAGAAUCAUAAUGAAUAGGUGGA